CAAAGAAAUGGGAGCCCGCUCCCAUAACUGCACGCGGCCCCGCCACCUGUCCCGCCGCCGUGGCCGCCCUCCACGGCUCUGCCUGCCUCCGCCGCCCGCCGCCUCGCGGUAUAUAUACGGGGCGCGGCACCCGCGCCCCCUUCUCCAACCUCGCAAGCUAGCUUCGCCUCCGCUGCUGAUGCCUACGCCCGGCGCUCCGCAACCGCCACCUCUCCGCUCCUCUCCCUUUCGGCUUCGGAUUCCUUCCCGCGCACGUCCACCCCGAUUCGCUCCCGCUCCACCGCCGCCGCGCCGUGAGCGCAGCAGCCCAUAAACUAAAGAGCCAUUCCGAUCGUCGCGCCAUGGGCGGCCACAGCAAGAAGCUCAUCCACCUCCUCCGCGCCGACCCGGCGCCGGGCUCCGCGCUCUCCUCCCCGCGGUCCUUCUCCUCCUCCAACGACUCCACCGUCUCCGACGACGACGGCUACAACAGCAGCUCCCCCUCCUCCUUCCCGGCCUCCGCCGCGUCCUCGCCGUCGCGCUGCAGCCCGCCCAAGUCGCCCUGGGCGGCGACCACGCACCUCCUCCCGGGCCUCGGCGGCGCCGGUGCCCAAGACGACGCCGCCGCCACCGGGCUCAUCGCGUCGCUGGUCAAGGAGCACGGCAAGAUCUACUCGCUGGCGGCGGCCGGGGACGUGCUCUACACCGGCACCGACUCGGAGAACGUGCGCGUGUGGCGGGGCCGCCGCGAGCUGGCCGGGUUCCGCGCUGGGAGCGGCCUCGUCAAGGCCAUCGUCGUGGCCGCCGACGGCCGCAUGUUCACGGGCCACCAGGACGGCAAGGUCCGAGUCUGGCGCGCCGACGACGCCGCCGGCCCCGCUGUGCACCGCCGCGUCGGCUCGCUCCCGCCGCUCGGGGACUACCUGGUCAGCUCCGUCAACCCGUCCAGCUACGUCGCCCUCCAGUCGCCGCGCGGCCGCCGGCGCCGCGCGGUCUGGCUCCGCCACGCAGACGCCGUGUCGUGCCUCAGCCUCGACGAGCCCGCGGGGCUCCUCUACUCGGGGUCCUGGGACCGGACCUUCAAGGUGUGGCGCGUCGCGGACUCGCGCUGCCUCGAGUCCGUGCCCGCGCACGACGACGCCGUCAACACGGUCGCCGCGGCGGGGUUCGGCGGCCUCGUCCUCACCGGCUCCGCCGACGGAACCGUCAAGGUCUGGCGCCGGGAGACGGUCAUCGCCGGCGGCGGGGGCGACCGGACGAGGCACGUCCUCGAGAGGGUGCUCCGGGAGGGCGACGGCGCGGUGACCGCGGUGGCCGCGUGCCCCGAGGCCCGCGCCGUGUACGUGGGGACCUCGGACGGGCUGGUCGCGUGCUGGCGGUGGGGCCUCGACGGCGAGCCGAGGCUCGACGGCGUCCUGGCGGGCCACCGGAUGGCCGUGAUGUGCCUCGCGGUGUCCGGGCGCGUCGUCGCGAGCGGGUCCGCCGACCGGACGCUCUGCGUGUGGCGUCGCGACGACGACGGCGACGGCGGCCGGUGCCGGCACGCCCGCCUCGCCGUGCUCGCCGGGCACACGGGCCCCGUGAAGUGCGUCGCGGUGGCCGCCGACGACGACGAGGGAUGCUGCUACGACGGCGAGCGGCGGUUCGUGGUGUACAGCGGCAGCCUGGACGGAUCGGUCAAGGUGUGGCGCCUCUCCGAGGACCGCCCGCUGGCCGACGAGCCGGCCGCCCCGCCGAUGCCAGCGCUGCUGGAGUCGGAGGCGUGGACUACUCCCCGGCGGGCCGUCGCGCUGGCGCCGCCGCCGCCGGCGCAGGCGGCGUGGGCGCCGUACCAGCAGGCGCCGCCGGAGCUGAAGCGCGUCGCCGCGGCGUGAUCGAGCCCACACACGAAGCCGUGGGUGACGACCUCACCCGCGCGCGUGCGACAAUGUGCCGCGCACACGUGUGCUGCGGCACGUACAGCACAGUAGAGGCGUGUGUACAGAUACGUAGUAGGGAUUUUGUUGAUGUGCGAUGAGAUCAAGUGCGCACUGUGUGGUGAGUGACCUGGUUGGAGAUGAGAUACGGGUAGGUGGUUGGAGAGGCAAGGGGCGGUUGGUCUGACAGGGAGAGGUGUCUGGCCACGUCGAGGUCCGGCUUAAUGGACAAGGAAGAUUAUUGGUUCUCCCUGCGUGAUCGGUGUUCUCCGUGUUCCCCUGGCCUCUUCCUCUCGGGUCAGUCAUCAGUCAUGAUGAUUUGGCGUGAAGGGGAUGGCGCGCAAGCACAAAUGGCUGUGGUUACUGCUUAGAUUAGAUCUUGUGAUGAAAUCAAUGCAGAGAUGGUGAUGUAGUACUGGCACUUAAACUUCUUGUGAAGUUGUCUGCUUUUCAAUACCGGUUCAAGGCACUUCACUCCAUGUGUGUUUGACUGCUCGUACAUGUAAGGAUGGUUAAGGAUCUCAAAUUUUAAACUACUAUACAAAUAUAGUGCAUACACGCGCAAGAUUCUCAA